AUGAACGUUUGCUAUCGGUCAGCGCGAGGGGUUGACCAACUCGACAGAACUUUCGGUAGCCUGGAGCGUAUAGGUGAAGCUCGAUGGUGCGCUGAGCAGUGCCAAUUUGUGAAGCCAUCGUCAGCGUUGUCUCGUUCGGUAAUCACUCCAAGAAACUUCGCAGAUUGUGCCAUUGAAAGUGCGCAGAUGUUUCGUGUGGCAAGCUGUGGAAAGAGAACUUCUCCUCCUGAAGCAGCAAAACCAGGUAGUGGUCUUCUCACCCAAAAGAUCGUGUUAAUGGUCAAGUAA